UCCUUGGAGAGCCGGUUGGCUUGCAGGUGGUAGAUGUUCCCUGGUGUGGCGCAGGCAAGAAAAUUUGCGCUCAUACCAGAUAUCGACCCCAACUCAGUAAUGGCCAACAUUGUGGUGAAGACCAUCUGGCAGUCCAAGGAAAUAAACGAGGCCGGAGACACACCAACAGGGACUGAGAGUCGGGCUCAGGGCAGCAAGGAGCAGCCGGGAAAGACGACCAGCAUCAAGGGCUUCCCCAAAAAGAAGAAAGCCGUCUCUUUCCACGGGUGGGAGCCCUGGGAAGGGAAAGGGUGGAGGUGGAUUGAGCCCCAUUUUACCCCUGAAAGCCCCAAUCUCAACUUGAAGCGUUCUUCGGCUUGUACUAAUGUUUCUCUCCUGAACCUAACUGAUGGGGAACGUGAUGAUUCCACCACCGAGAAUGAAUCCACAGAUGAUGGGGGCCCGCCGGGGGGAGCAGGGGGAGAAAGACAGGAUUCCCUGCUUCCCAUCAAGCCAGCUUGGUUAGAAGAUGAAGAUGAUAUUUCUAGCCAGCAGGAAGUGAGCAAUAGUGGCCUGUUGCGAGCCAAGGACUCCAUCACCAGCCUCAAGGAGAGGACACCCAAGGUCAACUGCCAUGUUCACAAUCUGCAGAGUGAGUGCUCAGUGUUGUGUGGAAACCUGGAGCGAUGCAGGCAGGAGGCUGAAGAUCUGGAAGAAUACUGUAUCCAGCUCGAGGAAAGCUGCCGAAAGGUGACAAAAUCCGUGGAGGAUGCUGAAAUUAAGACCAGUGUGCUGAAAAAAAAUUCAGCCCUCUUGGAGGAAAAGCUGCAUUACUUGCAGCGACAGGUUCAAGCAGAAGACCUUGGUCGGCAAGAGCACGAGUGGCAGUUGCUGGAACAGUGGGUGGCAAGUGGGGUCUCCAAACAACUUUUGGACUCAGCAGGCAGCACGGUGGCAACAUCCCCGAGGUCGGCCAUCUGUGAGGAGAGUGAAGUCCAGAAGUCCACUGCUGUUAUCUUGGCAUCCAUCAACAGCCUGCGAGGGGCACUGGAAAGUGGGCAGUUGCGAGCAGGCCUUGGAGAUGAGGGGGGCAUAGAUGGAAAGCCAACCAUGGCUUCCACCUUGGCUUGCCUUCCUUUGCUGGAAGAGAUCAGGAAAUGUAUGCUGGAGCUGUCCGGGCAGGCUCAGCGAGAUGAGCUGACCCAGAAGGAAGUGUUGCGGCUGCUGGCCCAGCUGGGGGUCCGCUUGGAGGGAGCACUUCCCCAGUGGGAAAGGACACAUGUGGAACAAGGCCAGACACUCAGGAUGCUGCGGGAAGAAAUGGAUGAAGUCUCUGCCACAGCAAAGCGGACAUCGGUGUCUCUCACUCAGCUCCGUGCAGACCUGGAUGGGCUCUGGCAGGUGAAACCACUCCUGGAAGAUGUAUCCCGACAUCUUGCAACACUCAGGAACAUGGAAGCACCCGAUCGGCCUCCUUCCAGUUGUGCUAGGUGUUCCAGCUACAGCAUUGUGAAUACAGAGAUGCUGCGACAGAUGGUUGAGCAUGCGAUGGCACCCGUUUUGGAGGAGUUGAAGCAGCGGGCCCCAUCAGCUGGCAUAUGCCCCAGCUGCCAGCGUUUGCAGAAGAAGAUAAUGGAUCUGGAACAGUCAGCCUUGGAGGCUCGUGCACGAACAGAAGCACUGAGUUCGAAUGUGCGUCUGGCCCAAGAUGAAGCCAUGAGAGCCAAAAACUAUCUGGAGCGGACAAGGAUCACCGUAGAGGAUAAAACUAACAGCCUGGAUUAUCUGCAGAACAAACUGAGCUCCCUCCACUCACAGCUGUCUCUGGUCUCCCAAGAAGGCGUGCCCCAGUCCCCAGCAAAUGCCAUAGCUGCUUCUGUCACCCUUAGCAAGCGGAGCUCUUGCCCUGCUGAGCUGAACCGUCACCCCCAGUAAGAGAGAGAGGUGGCCGUGGCCUGCUCUUCUUCCCCACUCACUGGAAACCAGAGGGCACUUUCAGCCUGGAGAAGGUCUUUCAUCUGAACAGAGCGGCCCUCUUUCUGGUGUGUU